AUAAUACCUGCUUAGUGAAUAGCUGCACUUAAGUUUGUUAAAUAUGGCUGAAGAAAAUACCGCUCCUGUUGUUGAAGAACCCAAGGUCGAAGAGGUCCCUGCUCUUGAGGCUGAGCACGAGCACGAUCAUGAGCACGAGCAUGAGCAUGAGCACGAGCAUCCUAGCUUCAUGCCCCCCAAGCCCAAGGUGGGAAGAAACGAGAAGAAGGCCCGCAAGCUGCUGAUCACCCCUGAUAUGGAGGAGAUCCCCAACAUCAUGAGAGCCACCUUCAAGAGAGACGAGAAGACUUACUUCUUCGUUGACCAGCCCACCAUCUACAAGGCCAAGACCUCUGACUGCUACAUCGUGUUCGGAGUCGUGAAGGUGGACAAUGGCGAGAGCAACGCUCUUCUGAACAGCGCUGUCGAUAAGUUCAAGGCCCCUGAAGAGCCCGCUGAGGAGGCCGCUGAGAAGCCCGCUGAGGAGGCUGCUGAGAAGCCCGCUGAGGAGAAGAAGGCUGAGGAGCCUGAGGAGGAAGUGGACGCCACCGGAGUCAACCCCAACGACAUCACCUUCGUGAUGGAGCAGACCGGAUGCACUCGUGCUGAGGCCGUGAAGGCUCUGCGUGACAAUGACAACGAUAUGAUCAACGCUGUCAUGGCUCUGGGCAAGUAAUCGCCAGGAAGACAAACAAGUGCUCUUUCGUAGGUCCC